CUCAGAACAAAGGCCUACGACAAGUAUUUCAACCACCAACCAAUCCUUAAUUUCUUUUUUAUAUCCCUGUUUUCCUCACCUCUCGACUCUCCCUCCAACCCGCUGCGUUAUCCCAAGAGCCACCCGCAUCACCAUCAUGCGCACAAAUUCAACAAAUAAUAUUCCAAACGUUCCCAACAAUACAUCUCCACCUGCUGAAUCAUUUCUUGACGCAAUGGAUCGCCUGAAUCGAGCGUAUCCACCCAAUACGGUUCGCCAGGGUCGUCAGAAUUUCAGCCAAGUCUCUCCCUCUACUUCUACCACAUCCAAUUCUCAAAGUAGGCCUGUCGCGAGCGGUUCAGGAACCGCCAUGACCCGGGCUGCUCCACGAUCGUUACAAUCGACUAUGCCUUCACAGCCCCUCCCCAAUCAACCCUUGAACCAUCUCCAAGCCUUUCGAUCUAACUAUAGACCUGGCCCAGCUGUUUUUAAGCCUGGCGAAGUCCCAAAAAUAACUAUGCAAGAUUUUCAUCAAUACGCCAUGCUCGCGAAAACGGUUAUGGGUCAAAUUAUCAAGGACUGGAAUCCCCAUCCACUCUCACCUCAGGAGCUCUUGGAAUGUCGUGCUUCGACCAUAUCUCGUAUUCAGAAAAUUCGUCGCUUGGAAGCUAGGCAGGCUCAAAUUUUGCCUGUCCGAGAACGUAUCACCGAAGACACCUUGUGGAUGACCCGUUUAGAAUACGGAUAUCACUUCCCUCGCAUAUUUCGUAUCAACGAUCUACCCACAGAGAUUAUCGCCAAUAUUUUCCACUAUGUCGUGUGGUCAUGCAGGGAGCCUAAAGAUGGAAUUCUUGCUCGCGCAACAGUCAUUGGGAUCUGCCGCCACUGGCGCACUGUUGCUCUGGGAGAUCCUACAAUCUGGAAUGCGAUAUGGUUCAGAGAUCGCCCUCACUACGAACGAUCGUGGACGUGGUUUGAUCGAGCGGGAACUGCUCCCCUGGACAUUCGCAUUGGCGAUACCAAAGAAGAGCCGAUGUCUCUCCAAGCGAUGGAAGAACUUCUAAAUAAACUAUUUGCCAAACUUUCUUACAUUCGCAUUCUCGUUAUCGUCGUUCAAGAUUGGGACCCUGCUCUCUUGGUGCUUGACAAGCUUCGAAACGUUGCCAGAGAUAACACACCUCUGAUAAUGGAGCGCUUUGAAAUGCACCGUGCCGGAUCGCCAUACGUGCAGAUGGGAGAUGGCUAUGAACCCAGCUUCUAUCUCCAGCCGAUGGCUCUGUUUGGCGGCGCGGCCAUCCCUUCUUUCCAAUAUUUUUCCGUGAAUGGGGUUCACGUUGACUGGAUGAAAUCCCAACUUGUCAAUCUGACAACACUUGAUAUACGCCGAAUUCCGCUCGAGCGUGCCCCGACUCUUUCACAGUUUCGAGGGCUGCUCUCGAACUCUCCUGCAUUGCGAAAGCUAAUUCUCGAUGGAGCGGGUCCGCAAUGGCAAUUGGAAGAGGCCACUAGAUAUCCCCCGAUCGUCCUUCAUAAUCUGAGGAUUAUGGUGCUGGGGGAUUUCAGUAUGUCAUAUGGUGUUUACAUUUUGUCGCAAAUAUCGGCACCACAUGUCCUUGACGUGACACUUAUGAAUCUCACCGGAGAAGACUACUCACCGUUUUUCACCGCCUUGCAUACCCCAGAGCUCAAACUGUUAUGCAUCUACAAUGUCGAGAUCAUCCCCUCACCCAAGAUAGCGGCGACGAUGGUGAAAUGGUUGUUGUCCAUGCCGUUGCUAACAUAUCUCCGGAUCUCCAAUGUUCAAGAAAUGCUAAUCGACUUUUUCCUCUACGAUCCUCAAUCCGAAUCGAAAGCCUCCGAACCGCCUGCACACGUAAUUUCUCCUAAGCUGGCUUUUUUGGAAUGGCAAACGAUGAAUCCGAUGAUCGUUGCCAGAUGGACGGCGGCUCGAAGGAAGAUCGGUGCCCCUCUUCAAAAGAUGUACGUCCUCCAUCCUAUGAACAAGAAACUCGACCAGUCGCAGCACGCCGCGCUGAGUGAGGCCAUCAACCCAGGCAAAGUCUUACAACUCCCGCCAGGCGCUCGGGCACCAGAAGAAGAGGCACUACGGGCAGGGUUAUCCAUUUAACCAGUAUUUCUGCGUAGUCCACAUAUAUAUGUGAUAAAAUUUAGUAAUUUUUACGGAAUGCUCAUAUCAGAUGCCUC